CAGGAAACUUAGAAAUGGUAUAAAAGCUGCUGGAUCUCACAGCACUUCAUUCGCUAAGCUUUGGUGUCUCGUGCUUUCUGUCAGAGCCAAGAAGGAGUCACCGCUUAAAGAUGUGCUCCAGGCAGACAUCCUCCCAGUCCAGUGGAUGCCACAGCGGGGGCUCCAGCUGCCAUGGGGGCAGCUCCUCCAGCUACCAGGCACAGGGAUCCUCCUGCUGUGGAGGCUCGAGCUCAGGCAGUUACGGCGGGGGCAGCUCCAGUAGUGGAAGAGGUGGAUGCUGCUCCAGUGGGGGCUCCUCAGGCUACAGCAUGGGAGGAGGAUACAGUGGUGGCAGUGGGGGAUCUGGUCAGAAGAUAAUUAUUAGCUCAGGGGGUGGAGGAGGAGGCUCAUCUGGAUGCUGUGGUGGGGGAUCCAGUGGUGGGUCUUCAGGAGGAAAGAUCAUCAUGGGAGGUGGAGGCGGUGGAGGAUCCUCUGGAUGCUGCAGUGGAGGAUCCAGCUAUGGCAUGGGAGGAGGGUCCAGUGGUGGGUCUUCAGGAUCAAAGAGCAUCAUCGGAGGUGGAGGUAGUGGGGGAUCUUCUGGAUGCUGCAGUGGAGGAUCUAGUGGUGGGUCUUCUGGAACAAAGAUCAUCAUUGGAGGUGGAAGCAGUGGGGGAUCAUCUGGAUGCUGCAGUGGAGGAUCCAGCUAUGGCAUGGGAGGAGGGUCCAGUGGUGGGUCUUCAGGAUCAAAGAGCAUCAUAGGAAGUGGAGGUAGUGGAGGAUCAUCUGGAUGCUGCAGUGGAGGAUCCAGCUAUGGCAUGGGAGGAGGGUCCAGUGGUGGGUCUUCAGGAUCAAAGAGCAUCAUAGGAGGUGGAGGCAGUGGUGGAUCAUCUGGAUGUUGCGGUGGAGGAUCCAGUGGUGGGUCUUCAGGAACAAAGAUCAUCAUUGGAGGUGGAAGCAGUGGAGGAUCAUCUGGAUGCUGCAGUGGAGGAUCCAGCUAUGGCAUGGGAGGAGGGUCCAGUGGUGGGUCUUCUGGAUCAAAGAGCAUCAUAGGAAGUGGAGGUAGUGGAGGAUCUUCUGGAUGCUGUAGUGGGGGAUACGGUGGUGGUUCUUCGGGAACAAAGAUCAUCAUUGGAGGUGGCAGUAGUGGAGGUGCCUCUGGAUGCUGCAGUGGAGGAUCAAGCUAUGGCAUGGGAGGAGGAUCCGGUGGUGGGUCCUCAGGAUCAAAGAGCAUCAUAGGAGGUGGAGGCAGUGGUGGAUCAUCUGGAUGUUGCGGUGGAGGAUCCAGCUAUGGCAUGGGAGGAGGGUCCAGUGGUGGGUCUUCGGGAACUAAGAUCAUCAUUGGAGGAGGAGGUGGUGGAGGCUCAUCUGGAUGCUGUAGUGGAGGAGCCAGCUGUGGCAUGGGAGGAGGAUCCAGUGGUGGUGGGUCUUCUGGAUCAAAGAGCAUCAUGGGAGGUGGAAGUAGUGGAGGAUCAUCUGGAUGCUGCGGUGGGUGGUCCUCAGGCUAUGGCAUGGGAGGAGGAUACAGUGGUGGCAGUGGGGGAUCUGGCCAGAAGAUCAUCAUUAGCUCAGGCAGUGGAGGAGGAGGCUCAUCUGGAUGCUGCGGUGGGGGCUCCAGUGGUGGGUCUUCAGGAGGCAAAAUCAUCAUGGGAGGUGGAGGUGGUGGAGGAUCCUCUGGAUGCUGCAGUGGAGGAUCCGGUGGUGGCAGCGGCACAAUCAUCAUCAGCUCUGGAGGAGGCAGCGGAGGCUCCUACCAGUCCUCGCAACAGAAAUGCCCCAUUGUCAUCCCCAACAUUGGUUCUCAUCAAACCAAGCAGGCCUGUCACUGGCCCCCCUGCCAGCAGAAGUAAAGGCCACAGCAAAGUCAACCCUGCCUGUGUCUUCAAAGUCCACGGGUUCCAUCACAGCACAUCUUCUUCCCUGUUCUUCCUUGAUGUUGCAUUCCUCUACUGUGACCUCCCUGGUGGUUCUUCUCCCCUGUCGAUACGAAGGGAAAUAAAGAUUACUCUGUU